AUGGAGACGCUGUUGUGGUGGCUGUGCUUGGUGACGGCGGUCCAGCUGACGCUGCUGACCGGGCCGUGCCGCGCAGCGCACGUCGUCAGGGACACGGCGUACGGCCAGGUGCGCGGGAACGUCACCGCUGCGGCCGGCGGGAAACAGGUGCAGGUGUACCUCGGGGUGCCGUACGCGCGCGGACCGGUGGGGGACCGCAGAUUCAAGCCCCCCGAGAGACCCGAGACGUCCUACCCGGUGCGUAACGCAUACCGUCCCGGCCCUGCCUGUCCCCAGCCCGCUAACCCGGCUACAGACACCGUGGGAGACAGCGAGGACUGCCUCUAUCUCAACAUCUGGGUCCCGCACAAGGGCUCCUCUCGGUCCGUGUCGUACCCAGUAGUGGUGUUUGUUCACGGCGGAGACUUCAUGUUCGGGACGGGCUCGGCUUACGACGGGAGUCUGCUGGCAGCAACACAGAACAUCGUGGUGGUCACCAUCAACUACAGACUAGGGGUCUUAGGUUUCCUGAGCGCGGGAGAUCCCGGUCUCCUAGGCAACUACGGCAUCCGGGACCAGAUGAUGGCGCUCCAGUGGGUGAAGACCAACAUCGGCUACUUCGGCGGGUCCGGCUCUGACGUCACACUGUUCGGCCACCAGACGGGGGCAGACUGCGCCGCCAUAUUGCUGCUGUCUCCUAUGGCUAAAGGACUGUUCAAGCGGGUGAUCCUGUCCGGCAGCUCCCCGUUGCGGCCGCUGCUGCUCCGCUCGGCAGACGACAUGCGGAGGGAGAGUUACCAGCUCGCCGUCACCUUAAACUGCGGCGGGUACGACAACGCCGCCGGCAUCGCAGACUGCCUCAGGAAACUCAAGUACCAGGUGUUCCUACAGCGAGAGGCUGACGGGUCGGUACCAGGGUCCACCCUAACCCCUGUGCUAGACGGCCAGGCUGACGGGUCGGUUCCCGGGUCCACCCUCACCCCUGUGCUAGACGGCCAGGUGGUGCCGGCCUUCCCUGACGCGAUGCUGCGGCGGCUGCAGGUGAACGGAGAGGCGUGUCUGCUGGGCUUCACCGGCAGGGAGUGGGCACCCAGAGCCAUGCCAGGUAGCGGGCCGGUGGCCAUGGACGGCGGGAUGAGUGAGAAGGACUUCCACCAUCACAUGGACGUGUUCCUGAAGGACCUCAGUCCGUACGCGCCGCCAGAACUCGCAUCGCUAGUCACCUAUCAGUACACCAACUGGUCCCAGGCGGGAGACAGGUUCACAACCACAGACAACUAUAUACAGGCCAUUAGUGACGCACUCUUCGUGGCGCCUGCAGUUUCUUCGGCCGAACGCAUGAUGGCGCUCGAUCUCCCCUCCUACGUGUAUCAGUACAGAUACCCCACAGCAGAGGGAGACAGAAGAACUCCCAUCAAAGAUGACGUUUUCCUGGUCUUCUCCGCGGGGGGUCCGCUGACACAGAGGGAGCAGACUCUCCGGCUGAGACUGGCGGAUCUGUUCGGGAGUUUCAUCAGAACAGGGGUUCCGAAAUGGCAGUCUCGGCCCAUGAAUACAUUCACUGCGGGGAGGCAGGACUACUUGAAGAUAGGCAGAGAGGAGGCUGAAAUGGACAGAUAUCCUCGCAGAAGACAAGUGACCUUCUGGAACGAGGUGUUUCCCUCCUUGCUGCGCGUGGUGGACAAGACUCGGCGGUCUCCCAGGCCGACCAAGCCGACGAAAGUGUCGCGGCCGACCGAGGAGGCCCCCGACAUCACCUGGACCACAAAGGGGAUCAUCAUAGGCAUCAUGGUGGUCGGCAUCUUCCUGCCCGUGAUGACGGCGUUCUUCGUCAUGUACGUGGCCGACUUCAAGCAGCAGCGGCGCAACAGGAAGCUGCUGUAUCAGAUGUCGGACGAGCACAGGUACGCGCCGCCGCCCACGAUACAGGUCAACGACAAACCGUACCAUCUCCAGCUGUCAGAGGACGUCUGAAGGCGGGCCGCAAAACAGCAGUUGCCAACUCCACGCCGACUAUACUCACGACGCGUUUACGACACAGUUACGAGCUUGUCCCGAGUGACGUGGUGGACUUGUCGCUAAGCCAGUGGAUUUGUGCAGUUGUGUGAGUCUGUAGUUGUAGCCAGUGCUGAGCAUGCAGACUCGUGUGGAAAGAAAAAGAACUUUGCGGACUUGGAUCUGACGGCGAAAAGAAAGCGCGGUUCUGUUGGAGGUACACUCACGACGUUUGGCACGGUUUGAUCAUUCAUAGGCCCUCCGGGGCUGAAGGAACUCAGGGCAGGAAAGACGCACAUUUCGACAUGCAUUUGAUGAGAAUCAAAGAGCACCAAAGACAUGGAACAAAGGGAACGUGUACAGUUCAUUGGUCUGUAGUAGUUUUAUUGUGUCUCUCAGCAGUUGCAGUCGAUAUCUAUCUAUCAAGUAUGCCUGUUCGGCAGGCAAUAUGUAUGCACAGAGCACUUCUUCUUCGUUUGCCGAAGGCAAGCCUGUUGCUUUUAGUUGACAGCUCUCCGAUACUGUAAUUGGAAAAGAUGCGAACUUGCCUGUGAAUUCUGCCAAAUUGACUCGCGUAACGACGUUGUUUCUCCACACGCUAACAACUACACGGUAUUGAUUGGCGAAUGUUUCAUUUCUAUAUCCGGAUGUAUACCCUGAAUGUUCCCAGACUCAUGACGUGUCUUAGCGGUUCCCUCAGCAGCGAUGGCGGCGGGUGACGGGAUCGGAGGGAAGGCCUGUUGACAGGAAGCUCAUCUGUGCAGGCCGUGAUGAGACCGUCACCCGUCCGAACCCGGCGGAUGAGGCCGAUCCCCCUUGAGGCUCUGAGUGAUGCCAGGGCUGCAGACGACAUUCUGGUCACCUGCAGCCCCAGCAGAUUUGUACUGUAGAAUCCCGGCACCUUGCCAGCAACAUUUGUAUACGUAGAGACAGACGUUACCAGUAAUGUAUCUAUACACCCGACUCUGUACAGACACCUGACACACUUGGGAAAGAGAAUAGAGAGGAUAAAAAGUCAAGCUGCCAUCUCUCUGUCUGUGUGUGACAGAUUCAGAGAUCAAUCCUAUCGGUUCCAUUAAGAACAGCAGAUCUCUCAGAUUUCUUACAAAUCCUUACUUAAUUGCGGUACAACUCAUCUCAGUUUUGCUAAUCGCGUAAUCCUAAGACGGUGAAUUGUUCGUGAUGACACAUUUCCUAAGAAGCUUUCCGAGACUCUGUAAGAAAUUAAUCUGGAUUUACUCUAAAUCCCACUAGCGACAAAAAUAGACAUUAUCGCAAUUUCCUAAGGUCAGAAAGAAUAUGUCAAUAUCGAGGAAUUCGCUAACCCUGAAAAGAAGUCAAACAACAGGAAGCCAAAGACCACGAAUACUUCAGCAGCCUCUUCCAUCUC